CACCACAACGAUUCAUACCACUACAGCAAUGUCUCGUGCUCAGGUGUCCGUGGCCCUGAUGCUUGCGAUGGCCGCCGUCAGCUGCCAGCAGGCGCUGUGCUGGCGCGGCCGCUCCUACGCCCACCAGACGGCUCCUGUGGUGGGGCCCGCGCAUCGUGUCAGCGUCGGGGCUCACUCUUACGACUACGUGGCGUACCCGAAGUACGAAUUCGAGUAUGGGGUGUCUGACGGUCACACAGGGGACCACCACUCCCAGAAGGAGCACCGCGACGGAGACGUCGUGACUGGCGAGUACUCGCUCAAGGAGGCGGACGGCAGCGUGCGCACCGUCAAGUACCACGCCGACAAGUCCGGCUUCUACCCCGUCGUGCACCACUCGCACCACGGACAUGCCGCAGAAUCUGCGAUAGGAACAUCUGUCGGUGCAGGAAAUGGCUUGGGGUAUUACUAAAAUUCUAAACUUCUUCGUAGGAGAAUAUCAUUGAAGAAACCACCUUCAGCCCCAACCAUUUCGCAUACCAAUCGCAACAACGUGUCUGCAUAUCAGCAUUGU